AGAUCCACCGACCCCUCUUCUCGUUCCUCUUCACAGAAUCUCUCUCUCUUUUCCCCUCCGAUUUCUCCACUCCAAUCUCGCGUCGCUUCCUUCGAUUCUUGCUCCCGAAACCCUAAAUCCUCCCCUGAAUCGGCCAGUCCCUCCCUCGUCUCGUCUCGUCUCGUCUCGCCGCGCUCUUUGCCAUGGCGAAGGAGUUCAACGUCCCGCCGGUGGUCUUCCCCGCCGGCGGAAACCCCGCCGCCGGGAACCUCCAGCAGCGCCGCGUCCCCACGGCGCCGUUCCAGCCCCCGCGCCCCCCGAGCUCGAGCCUCCCCUUCAUGUCUUUCGACAUCGGCUCCGCCACCUCCACCGCCGCCUCCACCAUCUACGGCGGCCCCAUCGGCGGCGGCGGCGGCGGCGGCCCCUCCGGCUCCGCCAACUUCGACGACGAGGAGCCCCUCCUCGACGAGCUCGGCAUCCACCCCGAACAGAUCUGGAGGAAGACCAGAUCGAUCCUCAACCCCUUCCGCGUGAACCCGGCCGUCCACACGGACUCCGAUCUGUCCGGCCCGAUCAUCCUCUACCUCUCGCUCUGCCUGUUCCAGUUGCUCGCCGGCAAGAUCCAAUUCGGUGUGAUCCUCGGGUGGAUCGUGGUCUCCUCGAUGUUCCUCUACGUGGUGUUCAACAUGCUCGCCGGGCGUAACGGCAAGCUGAACCUGCACACGUGUACGAGCGUCGUCGGGUACUGCAUGCUGCCUUUGGUGAUCUUGUCGGCGGCGUCGCUCUUCUUGCCGCAAGCGAGUGUGGUCCGGUUCGGCAUCGCUGGUGCCUUCGUGUUGUGGGCGACGAGGGCGUCUACGGCCCUGAUGGUGGCGCUUGCCGAAGGCGAGGAGGAGCAUCGUGGCCUCGUUGCGUACGCGUGCUUUUUGAUUUACACUCUAUUUUCUUUGCUCGUCAUAUUUUAGUAGAAAGGGCUAGAGAUGUUGUUUUUCCAGUGAUUUGUGGUGAGUUUUUGGGGGGAUAUGAAAGAUAGUGAAGCCAUAGUUCAGGUUACGAGGAAUGGAUGGAUGUGGUUAUGAUGUAAUGAAAUUGGAUGAUUCGUUGUAAUCUGGUUGAGAAGUGGUAUGUAGAUAUCACAGAACUUUUCUGUCUUUGCUGCUUGUCAGAUUUUUGUGGCAAUGGCUGACAACAUUUUUUGGGAGAUUUGUGUGGAAGUUCUCCUCAACAUUCAACACAAUGAAGAUGCCUUUCUAUUCCUAUAA